AUGCGCUCCUUUGGACUUGCAACACUCAUCGCGGGACAUGCAUUGGCAAACCCGGUUCCGCAGGCCAUCGACUGGAAUGUGAUAGAUGCUAUUACACCAGUUGCGACCCCCACAAUUCCAGUUGUGAAUGCUGCUUCGGCUCAAACGACCUUUACAUACAUUCCAACAGCCGCAGCUGCUGCAGUGUCUGCUUCGGUGCAAGCAAAUCCAGCCGACAGCGUCUUGAAGCGACGCAGCACGUCGGUCAACAACACCGCAUGUGCGAUUCAGCCUGACGAGGACGAUACUGCUGAGAACUUUUCAAACAACCCAGCCUUCUCCUCGGCUGCAAACUCGGCCGAAGCUCCUGAGGGAUAUGCAUCAGUCUACACCAACCAGAACGCAUCCAGCCAAGGCGUGUAUGGGUACAUGGGCUACUCAGUCCUCGAAACGUACAACGUCCCCGAAUGUUCGAAGAGAUGCGACGAGAUCGUGGGAUGCCAGUCCAUCAACGUCUACUUCGAGCGAGACCCCAGCGUCGACGAGGACGGAUGUACCGACCCACCCUCAACAACUGUGAUCAAAUGCGUGUAUUGGGGAGGUCCAGUUACCCCAAGGUCUGCUUACAACGACGGGCAAUGGAGGCGAGACUUCCAUGUAGUCAUUUCCGGAAGCAAUGGAUACGUCAACCAACGCAUAGCCUCUCCUCCCGGCUACGAGWACCCCGUCUUCCUAGACAACGGUGCAAUCUUCGCCCCAGCCGACUGCAACGGAAGGGAAACAUAUAUGGGCGUCAAAGUUUUCACCACGGGCGUCUUCGACAUUGGUAAAUGCGCUGCUGCUUGCUCAUCUCAAUCUGCCUAUAACCAGGAACACCCAGAGAAGGACGGGUCCUAUCAAACAUGCCAGUUCUUUAAUACCUACAUUCUCUACAAUGGCACCACAGCAGUCGGACAGUCCUGCUCAUUGUACAACGAGACUUGGCCCGCGAGUUUUGCGACCAAUGUUGGACAGUUUCGGGAGGAGGACUACUUCAGCGUCGGCUCUAGCUAUGCUGUCUCCAACUCCACUGGCAACUCUGAUCAACCACAGGGCUGCACGAAUCCUACCGCGCCUUGA